AUGGCCAAUAUUCUCAAACUUGUCUCAAAGGGCGACAUACCUGGUCUUGAACAAGCUGUCCACGAAGGUGCUGAGGUGAAUUUCUCGAACGAUUCGACUAGUCCCUUGAUAGCCGCUGUGCAGGCCCAAAGUGCGGACAUGGUGGAGCUUCUGCUGCGCUCACGCGCAGAUGCGAACUUUUCAACCCUCGGCUCCGAAGUGGCUCCACUGCACAUGGCGGCCUUUGACGGCUCGGUGGAAAUGAUGAAGCUUUUGCUCAGCAGGGGAGCUGAUGUGAAUGUUCGUGAUCGUCAUGGUCAAACUCCGCUUUUCUUUGCGCCCUCGCCGGAAACUUGCGUCGAGUUAAGCAAAGCCAGCGCAAACAUCAAUGCUCUCAACAAGAAAGGCCAAUCUGCCAUUCACACUGCGGCACAUGCUGGGUUGGAUGAAGUCGCAAAAUGGCUGACAGACCAUGCCAAUCCUGGGCUCAUCAACGUCCAGGAUAAACAUGGUCGAACGGCGUGGUACUGUGCCACGAGGGCCGGCGAUGUGAAGACUUUGACAGUCUUAAAGGAGAAAGGCCCAGUCACGAAGCUGAAGCCGCACAAGAAGUGGCAAGUGACUCCGCCACCACCCAAGCCACAGCCUCUGGUCGAUCCCAACCCUGUCAUUGUCAGCAGGCCGCCAGAGGUGGAAGAGACCAAACCGGCAAGAGUCGCGAAACAGCUUUCGGUCCAAGUGGACAAGGAGCCUUUGGUGGGCUCCUUUGAGGUGGUUUCACCCAAGAGAACUGCUGACGAACUCCGCCACUUGUCCGACGAGGGCCAGGACGGCCAGGCGGAUGUGGAUGUUCUGGCUGUUCUACAAGACAAUCUGGCAGAGGAGCGUGGCACACAGCAGCUGCUGGAAGAUGCAGAGGCUCUUUUCCAGGAGGCCGAGGGCCAGCCUGGCAAUGAUCAUGAAAUCGAAAGUGCCGUCCUACCACAGAGCCCUGCUGGGAAGUCGAACGUGGAGACCACCCCGCAGGUUCAGAAGCUCCUCGAGCUGGAGAAAGAAGCCUCGCAGGUCCUUCUGCCUGGUCAGCCAGACGACGAGGCAAUUGAAGUACACCCACAGGCUCGACAACGAGAGGAUGCUGCAGCUCAGCAUGCAGAAGCAAUGCGUGCAGAAGAAGCGCGUGUGGCAGAGGAGGCACGGCAAGCAGAGGAACGAAAGGCGGCAGAGGCAGCGAAGCUCGCCGAGGAAGCCAAGCGCACGGAGGAAGAGAGGCAAGCAGAGCAGGCCAGGCUUGCGGAGGAAGCCAGGCUCAAGGAGGAAGCUAGGCUUGCCGAGGAAGCGAAGAGUGCCGAAGAACGGCGACUUGCAGAAGAGGCAAGGGUCGCCGAAGAGGCACGCCUGGCAGAAGAGGCCCGCAUUGCGGAGGAAGCGAGGCUCGCGGAAGAAGCCCGCUUGGCAGAAGAGGCCAGGAUUGCCGAAGAAGCAAGGCUUGCCGAAGAAGCGCGCUUGGCAGAAGAGGCUCGGCGUGCGGAGUUCGAGGCCAAGCUGCGCGCGGAGAUGGAGGCGAAGGAGAAGCAAGUGAACCAGCGGGUUGACGGAGAUGGCUGCAUCACUUGGGAGGUCGAUCUGAUGAAAAACGAAGGCGAGGCCUUUGGCUUCUCCCACAGCAAUGGCAAGGCAGAGUUCAGUCGCGCCCGUGGUUUGCCACCAUCGGAUGAAGUUGGGCCUGACAUGCUCUUCAUCAACGCAAUCGCCCCGACUGGCAAGCUCGGCGCCUGGAACGAGGAAUUCUCUUUCGCAAAGGUGCAGCCGUGCGAUUAUGUCGCUGAGGUCAACGGCGUACCAGGGCUCAAGGACAUGUCAUCGGAGCUCCAGAAGCGCGCGGCCGUGCGUCUUCGGAUUCUGCGCUUCCCGCCGGUCUUCGAGGUUCAACUGCCAGCAGGGCAGGAGGCCCCGGGACGAGUGGUCGGCCUGAAGUAUGACCCUCCGAUGAAUGACAGGGAUGCGGGCUUGACGAUCAAGGAUAUAGUACCGGACAGCCGCAUGGAUCACCACAACAGAAGCUGCGUUGAGGGGAGCCGCUUCCACUUGGUGGUGAUGACCGGCUUUCGAAUCGAGGGAGUGAAUGGAGUUCACGGAGCUGGGCAGAAGCUUCAGCGAGCUCUCCUAGAGGCGCGAUCUGGGCCUAUCCAUCUGGUGAUCCGCCGGGUUGACAAGCCUCCAGCGGCCGGUCUUCCACGGAAGGCGAUGAAUCGAUUCCGUAAUGCGAUGCGAGCCAUGUCCGGGGCGCGACUGGGUGAUGAGCUGGACACCGGAGCAGCCACCCAUUCGCUUGCCGAGACUCUCCCAGCAGAGGGCUGGGGCCAUGUGUUGCGAAAAGGAGACGCUCGCCAACAGGAGGCAGCGGCCAUGGACAGUUCGGUGGAUUUCGCAGCGACCAUGCCACCGGGAGCUAUGAGAUCGGCAGUCAGGUUCAACAACGAGGUGUCCGUAGCAAGUGCGGAGCGAGAUGUGGUAAGCCCCAUGAUGUCGGAGAUCAUGCACAACUUGGACUACGAUGAUCCCUUUGCGCGAACUGGUAUGUCCAUGAUCUCCAUGACCUCAGACGUCUCCAUGCCGACUACUCCGCAGGUGCCGCACAUCAACCCACUGUCUCCAGGGCAUGCCACAUCCGUGGCCAGCCUCACGCUGACAGAGGGUGAAGGGCAGCCAGGUGAAGCUGCAGCAGAGGUGACAAACAGCCUCGCGGAUGCUGCUGCUGAGGUGGCCCAGCAAGAAAAUCAAAGACUCCAAGCCGGUGCAGAGCAGGCUCACGACAGCGAUGAAGCUGAACGUGAAGCAGAUGCUGCUAAGGUGCUGGCAGUGGAGAUGAACAAGCGGCAAGCGGCCCUGGAGAAGGCGCUGCAAGAAGAAAUGAUGAAGCGGCAAGCGCAAAUGGAGAAGGAGCUCGCAGAAAAGGCAGCGCAGCGGCGAGCCCAAAUAGAGAAGGCCUUGGCGGAAGAGGCGCAGCGGAAGCAGGCGGCCCUGGAGCAGGCUUGGGCCGAGGAGGAGGCGCGCCUGCGGAUUGUGCAGGCCCAGAGAGCAGAAGAGGCCGCAGCAGCUUCGGCCAAAGCCCAGGAGCAGGAGGCGAAGCAGGCCUUUCAUGAGGCCUUGGUUCGCAGCGCGAUGGUUGAGUCGCAAGCGGACACGAAGGAGAAAGCCGAUGCAAAGCAAGCUUUCAACGAGGCCUUGGCAUUGGCGAUGAUGGCCAAGGCUCCCAUUGAGGUGCAAGCCAACGAGGGGGAAGAGGUCGAAGUCGACGUGCCCGAGGGAUUGAAGGCUGGGGACGUGUUCCACAUUCUCUGGGAGGGUGAGGAAUACGAGCUUGCCGUCCCAGAGGGUGCCCGCCCUGGAGACCCCAUGCGUGUCCGCCUCACCCACGAAGCGCAGCAGGAGAAGUUGAAAGUCGUCGUGCCGGAAGAUUUCCAGCCAGGGGACUCCCUGAGGGUGGAGAAGGGCGGGAAGAAGUACGAUGUCGUGGUGCCCGAUGACAUGAAGCCAGGCGAAAUGCUUGAAAUCGCUGUGGAGGAGGCCAAUUAUCUGAAUUCCUCGAGCUUUGGCAACUCGCAACCUUCUGUCAUGCCACCCACGACGACGCAGCCAAGGAAAGAGGUCCGACUGGACGUCCCGAGCUCGCAGAAUUCUUUGGGGGCAGCUUCGCCGAUGGGUGCGUCUGCGCUUGGGCUUGGGCCGGCCGCUGGUGCGUCGAGUUCGCAGCUCGGUCUAGGUCCUUCAAGGACGCUGGGCCCGAGCGACUCCCAGAGGCCACCCGACAUGACCAUGAGCUCACUGCAUUUCCAACCUGGGCUUGCGCCCCCGGGCUCGCGUACGACGGGCCCAGGUGGCUAUCCGCCUCUCAGUUCCUCAGCCUCCUCGCCACUGCUCGCCAAUGCUGGUGCUGCCACGCUGCCGGGCCGGCGUGGUCCGCAGUCCAUGGCCAUGUCGAUGCGGGCGCAAGGGCCAGGUCUCAUGACACCGGACGGCUGCUUGCUUUGGGAGGUGAAGCUUCAGAAAUCAGGUCCGGACGAUCGCUUUGGCUUUGCGCACUUCAGCGGUUACGGUGACUUUCUGCGUGCGCGGGGCCAGCUCUCUGAAGCCGAGGAGACACCGCUGGCCACCCCUUCAGCAACACCCGGCCGCGGGGCCAUGGACAGCAGUGGCCGCUUCCACAAAGCGCCCAGAGUACUGGUGGUCCGCGAAAUUGCCCCCGCUGGCCUCCUUGCUGCAUGGAACCGAGCACAUCCCGGCAGUGAGGUCGUUUCCUUUGACCGCGUGUAUGCCGUCAACGGCAAGACUCGGGUUGAGGACAUGCAGCAAGAGCUCCGCAAAAGUGCGAUGAUCGUCCUGAAGAUUGUUCGCUACCCGCAGAUGUUCGCAGUGGAGCUGCGGGGCGACACGCAAGGACCAAUGCCCAUCGGAGUUCGCGUGGAGAGGCCACCGAGCGACUUCGCGCCGGAGCUGAAAGUCACUGAGGUGGCUAGCUACGGUGCUUUAGAGCAGUUCAACCUGGCGCAGAUCAGGAUGGGCCGCUUCCACUUAGUCGUGCUGCCUGGGAUGUUUAUCCGGAAAGCAAACCAGACACAAGGGGAUCCCGACAGCAUGGAGAAGAUUGUCGCCGGAACGACACCUGUCACGCUUUUCAUCCGACGCGGUGACCAGAUGAUCAGCAGAGAUAUCCCUCGCACGAGAUCUGUCAGGUAA